UAACUUGGAAUGAAGUUAUUUCAGUGCUUUGGGCUCUUGAAAUAAUGAUUAUUAAUAUUUUAAAUUUAGGAAAAAUUUCAUAUUACUCUUCCAUUGUAGGUUCGUUUGGUAUAGCAUGCAGCAUAGCAACUGGCUCUUGGUUUUUGAGGAAAACAUACAUAAAAUUCAUUUUUAUUGGAACUGUUGUCUCUUUUUUUUACUAUCUUUUUAUUUAUAUCAAUCAUUAUGAUGAUUUUGAAAUAUUCUUACAGACAUCUAAAACUUUUUUCACUUAUAAUACUUUAAUUACUGCAUUUUAUUCUUGUUUUAGUUUAAGGAUAUUAUGGAUUAUACGGUUUUUAUGGAGUUAUACACCGUUAAAAGCAAAACAGGAAUAUUCACAAAAGCAAAGCAAAAUAUGGGGAAAAUAUGCUUAUAACAAAUGAUAUAUGUGAUUAUAUAUAUUAAUUUAUAAAUAUAAGAAAAUUUUA